AUGUGCGCAUUACUUGAAGUGAACAAGAGACUGCAAGCAUUUGUCAGUUCACCUGUUGUAUGUCAAGCAUUUGUCAGUUCACCUGUUGUAUGUCAAGCAUUUGUCAGUUCACCUGUUGUAUGUCAAGCAUUUGUCAGUUCACCUGUUGUAUGUCAAGCAUUUGUCAGUUCACCUGUUGUAUGUCAAGCAUUUGUCAGUUCACCUGUUGUAUGUCAAGCAUUUGUCAGUUCACCUGUUGUAUGUCAAGCAUUUGUCAGUUCACCUGUUGUAUGUCAAGCAUUUGUCAGUUCACCUGUUGUAUGUCAAGCAUUUGUCAGUUCACCUGUUGUAUGUCAAGCAUUUGUCAGUUCACCUGUUGUAUGUCAAGCAUUUGUCAGUUCACCUGUUGUAUGUCAAGCAUUUGUCAGUUCACCUGUUGUAUGUCAAGCAUUUGUCAGUUCACCUGUUUUAUGUCAAGCAUUUGUCAGUUCACCUGUUUUAUGUCAAGCAUUUGUCAGUUCACCUGUUUUAUGUCAAGCAUUUGUCACAUUUGUCAGUUCACCUGUUGUAUGUCAAGCAUUUGUCAGUUCACCUGUUGUAUGUCAAGCAUUUGUUAGUUCACCUGUUGUAUGUCAAGCAUUUGUCAGUUCACCUGUUGUAUGUCAAGCAUUUGUCAGUUCACCUGUUGUAUGUCAAGCAUUUGUCAGUUCACCUGUUGUAUGUCAAGCAUUUGUUAGUUCACCUGUUGUAUGUCAAGCAUUUGUCAGUUCACCUGUUGUAUGUCAAGCAUUUGUUAGUUCACCUGUUGUAUGUCAAGCAUUUGUCAGUUCACCUGUUGUAUGUCAAGCAUUUGUCAGUUCACCUGUUGUAUGUCAAGCAUUUGUCAGUUCACCUGUUGUAUGUCAAGCAUUUGUUAGUUCACCUGUUGUAUGUCAAGCAUUUGUCAGUUCACCUGUUGUAUGUCAAGCAUUUGUCAGUUCACCUGUUGUAUGUCAAGCAUUUGUUAGUUCACCUGUUGUAUGUCAAGCAUUUGUCAGUUCACCUGUUGUAUGUCAAGCAUUUGUCAGUUCACCUGUUGUAUGUCAAGCAUUUGUCAGUUCACCUGUUGUAUGUCAAGCAUUUGUUAGUUCACCUGUUGUAUGUCAAGCAUUUGUCAGUUCACCUGUUGUAUGUCAAGCAUUUCUCAGUUCACCUGUUGUAUGUCAAGCAUUUGUCAGUUCACCUGUUGUAUGUCAAGCAUUUGUCAGUUCACCUGUUGUAUGUCAAGCAUUUGUCAGUUCACCUGUUGUAUGUCAAUCAUUUGUCAGUUCACCUGUUGUAUGUCAAGCAUUUGUCAGUUCACCUGUUGUAUGUCAAGCAUUUGUCAGUUCACCUGUUGUAUGUCAAGCAUUUGUUAGUUCACCUGUUGUAUGUCAAGCAUUUGUCAGUUCACCUGUUGUAUGUCAAGCAUUUGUCAGUUCACCUGUUGUAUGUCGAGCAUUUGUCAGUUCACCUGUUGUAUGUCAAGCAUUUGUCAGUUCACCUGUUGUAUGUCAAGCAUUUGUCAGUUCACCUGUUGUAUGUCAAGCAUUUGUCAGUUCACCUGUUGUAUGUCAAGCAUUUGUUAGUUCACCUGUUGUAUGUCAAGCAUUUGUCAGUUCACCUGUUGUAUGUCAAGCAUUUGUCAGUUCACCUGUUGUAUGUCAAGCAUUUGUCAGUUCACCUGUUGUAUGUCAAGCAUUUGUCAGUUCACCUGUUGUAUGUCAAGCAUUUGUCAGUUCACCUGUUGUAUGUCAAGCAUUUGUCAGUUCACCUGUUGUAUGUCAAGCAUUUGUCAGUUCACCUGUUGUAUGUCAAGCAUUUGUCAGUUCACCUGUUGUAUGUCAAGCAUUUGUCAGUUCACCUGUUGUAUGUCAAGCAUUUGUCAGUUCACCUGUUGUAUGUCAAGCAUUUGUCAGUUCACCUGUUGUAUGUCAAGCAUUUGUCAGUUCACCUGUUGUAUGUCAAGCAUUUGUCAGUUCACCUGUUGUAUGUCAAGCAUUUGUCAGUUCACCUGUUGUAUGUCAAGCAUUUGUCAGUUCACCUGUUGUAUGUCAAGCAUUUGUCAGUUCACCUGUUGUAUGUCAAGCAUUUGUCAGUUCACCUUUUGUAUGUCAAGCAUUUGUCAGUUCACCUGUUGUAUGUCAAGCAUUUGUCAGUUCACCUGUUGUAUGUCAAGCAUUUGUUAGUUAA